ACGACAGAAGGACACACAAGACAAAGCUGUCCGAGUCCCGGUUACUUGAAGAGAAAAAAACCAUCACAGGAAGCAGACCAAACAUGGCAACGACAGGGCGCGGGUCUCCCACCGGAGUUGGUCAGAACUGCUGUAAUGGGUCUCCUAUUGGGGUUUCCCAGGUCGACUGUGACAGCAAAACAAGCAAUGUUAAAGACCAGAUGGCAGCACAGCAAGUCAACUUAAAUAACGCCGGUGAGAAACCCUACAUGUGUGGGGAGUGUGGGUACAGGGCAAAAUACAAGUCUUACUUGUCCAUACAUAUGAGAAUCCAUACAGGAGAAAAACCCUACAAGUGUGACCAGUGCGACUAUUCUGCAGCUCGGAAAUCUACCUUGAACAUUCAUCUAACAAAACACACUGGUGAGGAACGCUACAUGUGUGGGGAUUGUGGAUACAGAACAGCUUACAGGUCCAGCUUAUCCCAACACAUGAUAGCCCAUACAGGACAAAAAUCCUACAAGUGUGACAAGUGUGACUAUUCUGCUGCACUUAAAUGCACCUUAGACGACCAUAAAGCAACACACGCCGGUGAGAAACCCUACAUGUGUGGGGAGUGUGGAUACAGGGCAGAAUACAAGUCUUAUUUGUCCAUACACAUGAGAACCCAUACAGGAGAAAAACCCUACAAGUGUGACCAGUGUGACUAUUCUGCUGCAAAAAAAUCCAAUUUGAACUUACAUCUUGCAAAACACACUGGUGAGAAACCCUACAUGUGUGAGGAGUGUGGAUACAGGACAGCUGACAAGACCAGCUUAUCCCGACAUAUGAGAACUCAUACAGGAGAAAAACCCUACAAGUGUGACCAGUGUGACUGUUCUAUGGCACGCAAAGAUAAAUUGGACAUUCAUCUAGCAACACACACUGGUGAGAAACGCUACAUGUGUGGGAAGUGUGGAUACAGGACAGCUGUGAGGUCCGACUUAUCCCGACAUAUGACAAAACAUACUGGUGAGAAACCCUACAUGUGUGGGGAGUGUGGAUACAGGACAGCUCACAAGAAGUCCUUAGCCCAUCAUAUGAGAGCGCAUAUAUCAGAAAAAACUUACAAGUGUGACCAGUGUGACUAUUCUGCAGCCUGUAAGUCUGCCAUUACUCGACAUAUCAGAAUUCACACUGAGGCAACUGUGACCAUCUAGUACCGACAAUCUUCACUUGACUAUAUACAGUUUCUCUAAACUAAAACCAAGCUUAAGGAUAUAUCACAUUACUUCCUGUAAUGUAAAUCUAUCUACAGUACCCAUUGUUUGUAAGAAAAAAGCUGCUUUGCCAUACAGACAAAGUACAUUGUAACAGACCAUUCUAGACCUGACUCUUACGCAUUUCAGCGUUACAGUGUAUUUGUUGGACCACUUC